AACGUGAGACUGAAGCUGCAGGUAUCACUCCUCCUUGUUUCAAUCUCUUUGCCCUCUUCGAUGCUCAGGCCCAAGUCUGGUUGCCCCCAAACCACAUCCUAGAGAUCCCCAGAGAUGCAAGCCUGAUGCUGUAUUUCCGCAUGAGGUUUUAUUUCCGGAACUGGCAUGGCAUGAAUCCUCAGGAGCCGGCUGUGUACCGUUGUGGGCCCCCAGGAACCGAGGCAUCCUCAGAUCAGACAGCACAGGGGAUGCAACUCCUGGACCCAGCCUCAUUUGAGUACCUCUUUGAGCAGGGCAAGCAUGAGUUUGUGAAUGACGUGGCAUCACUGUGGGAGCUGUCGAGCGAGGAGGAGAUCCACCACUUUAAGAAUGAGAGCCUAGGCAUGGCCUUUCUGCACCUCUGUCACCUUGCUCUCCGCCGUGGUGUCCCCCUGGAGGAGGUGGCCAAGAAGACCAGCUUCAAGGACUGUAUCCCGCUCUCCUUCCGUCGGCAGAUCCGGCAGCACAGCGCCCUGACCCGGCUGCGCCUUCGGAACGUCUUCCGCAGGUUCCUGCAGGACUUCCACCCGGACAGACUCUCCCAGCAGAUGGUCAUGGUCAAAUACCUGGCCACACUCGAACGGCUGGCACCCCGCUUCGGCACAGAGCGUGUGCCCGUGUGCCACCUGAGGCUGCUGGCCCAGGCAGAGGGGGAGCCCUGCUACAUCCGGGACAGUGGGGAGGCCCCUACAGACCCUGGCCCCGAGUCUGCUGCUGGACCCCCAACCCAUGAGGUGCUGGUGACAGGCACUGGUGGCAUCCAGUGGUGGCCAGUACAGGAGGAGGUGAACAAGGAGGAGGGUUCUAGUGGCGGCAGCGGCAGGAACCCCCAAGCCAGCCUGUCUGGGAAGAAGGCCAAGGCUCACAAGGCAAUCGGCCAGCCGGUGGACAGGCUGCGGGAGCCACUGUGGGCCUACUUCUGCGACUUCCGGGAUAUCACCCACGUGGUGCUGAAAGAGCGCUGUGUCAGCAUCCACCGGCAGGACAACAAGUGCCUGGAGCUGAGCCUGCCUUCCCGGGCAGUGGCGCUGUCCUUCGUGUCGCUGGUGGACGGCUAUUUCCGCCUGACGGCUGACUCCAGCCACUACCUGUGCCAUGAGGUGGCUCCCCCACGGCUGGUGAUGAGCAUCCAGGAUGGGAUCCAUGGACCCCUGCUGUGAGUGCUGGGUGGGGAGGCACUGGGGGCCACUG